AUGGCUGUGGCCGCUUCGCUCGCAGCCUGGGCCCUGGCCAACCACGCCGAAGGCCAGGUGCGGAUACUCAAGGAGAUUCCGCGGACAGAGACGACGUGGGUUGACCGUCGCGUUCGCGUCGUGUCCGAUUCCCUGCGCGCUUUGAUCGAUGCCUGGCGCACGCUUCCGCAGGAGAAGAACGUUGAUGAGCCGCUGCGGGAUGAUGAGCUUUGGCAGGCCAUCCAGUUCGCGACCUAUCCGAGGAGAGUCACGAAUGUGCAGAUUGUGGUAUAUGCGAAUAAGCCCCACAAGAACUUGGACCUCUUGCAGUUCCACGCGCCGUUCCCGGUCAAGAUCCUUCAGCAGGAGGGCGAAUGGAAGGGGACCCUGGACAAGCUUAUCGGCUACUGGUCCUACCUAAAGACGGUGGACGACGAUGACUUGAUUGUCUUCCUGGAUGCCUUCGACGUUUUUCCCAACGGCUUCGAUGGCCACGAACUGCUACGGCGGUUCUUCUCCUUCGGCACACCAGUGGUUGUGGCCGCCGAGGAGAACGUUUUCCCACGCGAGGUGCUGGAGCAGGCGCACAUCGCCGUAGACCAGAUGCACGCCACGGGCCUGGGCAACGCCUCGGCACCCUCGAGGUACCUCAACGCCGGUGGCAUCAUCGGCAUGGGGUGGGCCCUCCGAAGAGUCUAUGACGACAUGCGAGAUAACAUGGCGGCCAAUAAUCCGCAGCUCCUCAUGGCGCACGCCGACAUCGUCGGGCACUGGUUCCUCCAUUCCUACGACCAGCCGGGCUCUUGGCUCACCCAAAAAGGGUCCAGUACGAGCUGUGGCGAUACUUCAUUCGCCGCUGGCCCAGACUGGGGACACCAGUUUGCCCACGCGCAGAAGUUCCUGGACAACCUCCGAUACAACUUCCGAAUCAGUACUGUAGCUUACCGUGCUCCGAUUCAUGAUGGCAAACGGCUAUUCUGGAUCCGUGGCUCGGCUGGUCUGAAACCGUACGGUGUGCCGGAAGAACCUCUCCGAGAAGCAUUGGCGGAGGUGUCCAAGAAGUUGGGUCUGUUCGAGAGCGUGCGCCACGUAUGUCAAGCUGUCCAGAUACCCCUGCCGGGCGUGGUCGUUGUAGGGGAACAGUCCGCGGGAAAGUCGUCGCUGUUGGAGAACAUAUCCGGAAUUCAGUUUCCGCGUGCUCAGAACACAUGCACGCGCAUGCCGUGUAUCUUGACGAUGCUGACAGAUCCCACCGUCAGCGAGUCGUAUGCUCUGGUAUCCAUGGACUCAAGCUUUGGCGAUGCCCAGCAAUGCGCGGUGCCGGACGUGGAGGGGCAGAUCAAGCGGCUCACCGAGAUGCAUGCGACGGGCGAGGCCUUCAUCUCCCGCCAGGCGCUGUACGUCCGAGUGGUGCGGCGGGAUGGCCCGCAGCUUUCGUUGAUCGACCUGCCUGGCGUCACGCACAAUGCCGAGAAGAUGUCGAACAUUCACGAGGUCACUGUGGACUUGGUGAAGGAGUACAUCGAGCCGGAGGAGAUGGUCAUCCUUUGUGUCAUCCCCGCCAUGUCCGAUUUCGGCAAUGCAGAGGUCGUGAAAUUGGCUCGCGAGUACGACCCAGAUGGCAUCCGCACACUGGGCGUCGUCACCAAAUGUGAUGAUGCGGCGAAUGCCGAAGCAUCAGACAUCGUAGAGAAGGUGACGAUGGCGAGAGACUCCGACGUUCGCCUUGCCUUCGGUUUCCACUGCGUGGUCAACCGAUCGCAAAAGAACAUUGAUGAAGGCAUGAGCCGCGAGGACCUAUGGAAAAAGGAGGAGCAGGUCUUCACGAGGAGCGACCGCUUGAGGAGGCUCCCGCUCAGCAACUGGGGUACCCUGCGUCUCAUGGAGAAGGUCGCGAAGAUCCAGGAGGCAAGGGUGGAUGAGUGCCUGCCAAAGAUCAAGGAAAGCGUCCGGCAGCGGACCGUCCAGCUCCGGAACGAGCUGCGCUCGUUGCCGGCCAUGGUCGAGGCUGAGGGCGACCAGUUCAAGCUGUUCAACAGUGCCCUGAGGGCCAUCAAGGACGACUUGCAGCGCCGCGUGAGGGCCGAGUUCAUGAGCAGCGAGGCGUCUGAUCGUGACUUGACCAUCGCACCGAAGGUGGCGGCGAUGGUCCAAGACUUCAGGCGCGACCUGUGUCAGCGCAACCCCGAUUGGUUGGGCCCGGACAUGAUCGAGGAAGUCAAGGACACGGUUGCGACUUUCGUGCAGGGCUAUACAGUCGAGAACUUGACGGGACCGCAAGUCUUUAUCAACUUGAUCCGUCGCAUCUUCAUCGAAGAGGGCCUCUUGAAAGAUUCGGUGAACCAGCUGGUGGCUUCCGUGGCCGAGCAUCUGCGGAAGGUCAUGCAGCAUGUUGUGGGUAUCCAUGCCAAAGUCCAUCCGGUUCUGUCCAAUCGCCUGGCCAGCAAGGCAGAGGACUGCAUCGAUGAGAUGACAGCGAAGGCCCGGGAGCUUUGCGAGAGCCUGGCCGCGGCGCAGGCGGUGACCUCGACCACGAACGGCAGCUACAUGGUGAAGCUCUCGAAGUUCCGCCGCUCCUGGUUCCAAGAGGCCACCGACGGAUUGAAGAACAUUGCCGAGGCGUUGCUGGGAACAUCGGGCGCGGGCGCGAAGGAGGAGGCUUCGGAGCUGACGCCCGAGUUUGUGGCGCUGGUCAAAGAAGCGCAAGAGGAGCCCGACAAGCUCGCCGUGCUGGAGCUCUGUGCGUCCCUGCAUGUUUACACCGGCUUCCUCAUCGAGGGCUUUGUGGAGCACGCGGCGAAGCUCGUUAAGUUCAACUUGGUGGAGAAUCUAGGGGACAUGCUCGAGGAAACAUGGCGGGAAGAGCUGGGAGGAAGCACGUUGCACGAGCUCUUCCCCAAGGACGACACCAUCGCACGCCAAAGGCAGACCCUGCAGGACAGCAUGCGCGCACUUCAGGAGUUCAAGGAACAGCUCGCCACGCUCAAGGUUUCGAUGCCGGUUACUGCUGUCCACGCUUUGGCCAAUAGGAAGACCAUGGCGGAGAAUCUGCAGGAUCGGGAGCGAGCAAGGAAGGAGAUUCAGCUCCGGACCUUUACCUGGAACUUCACCGCUGAGUUGGAGGGCAUGGCGGCGAAGAAGAAGGGGGCGAAGCUCAUGAGCCCGACGUUCUCCAAGAUGAAGGUGCCGGACAUGAAGCUUGAAUUCUACCCAUACGGUCAUGAAAAGUCUCCUGACGACAAGUCGGCCCUGUACCUGCUCGCGCCGGCCGGCUGGAGCAUCACGUACAGGCUGCGCGCCGCAGGGGAGCAGGCGGAAGCGGAAAGGGAGUUUGAUGGAAAUUCCUGGGGAUGGAACUCGAAAUUUCCUUUGGUAACAUCCUUUUCCGAGCAAGAGGUCAGCGUGGAGCUGCUGAAAGCGGUUCCAUCACCGUCGAGCUGA